CGGAAAAAAGAAAAAGGGUUGGUUACCUAAUGUAUUUUCAUUGCUUGCAGUUUUUCACUAAGAAAACUUUUUGUCAGAUUUUUCUUUCUUUGGAAGAAUUUUCUUUUCGACGUUGCAAGAACUCUUGCAACAGCAUUGAGGUAGGCACCUUCGCCGCUAUCGAAGACGUUAUCGCUAAUGGUUGGUAUAGCUUACCAUCAGUUUAUAAGUGUGCACUUAGCUACUACUUUCGAUUUCAUGAUCUAUUUUUACUUUUUAAAAUUAGAUUUACUGUUGAACAAACAUGAUUUCUGUUUGCUUUGUUAGUAGGUAUGCACCUACCUACUCGUAUCUAUUUCUCGUUUUUAUUCUUUGCACACCCCUAUUUAUCUCUUGUCAAGGAGGGAGCUACAAAUGUAUAUAAUUAUAUUCAUUUAGAAUGGUCUCUUCUCUGCAUGCUUGCAUAUUACUAAAGUGAACUAUUCUUUGGCAUAUUAGACAAGAAAAAAAAUCUGAAGCUUUUCCAGUGUACCCUACCUUUCUUAUUGACCUUUUGAUGAUGCGCCCUAAAAUCUGAAAAAAAAAACAGAAUUCCCUAGAAUAUCGAUGCAAACAAAAUGCUGAACAGUACACUUCCCCUCAAAUUGCAUGGUAACCAAACAGAGUCAAACAUAAAAAAAUAGAAACAUAUGUACUUAUUGCUAAAUAUACAUAGGUAGGUAGGUACCUAUAAGUUCUUUCGAAGUUAAAUUGAGACAAAAAAAAUAAACCCAAGUAGAAAUUCAAAUAAAAGUUUCGUUUUUUAACAUUCAGUUGUGUAUUCUACUAUUUUUAUAUCUUUUUGUUCUCAAGUGAGAUGCGAGCUACGACUUCCCCGAACUCCACUUCUUUGCAUAUCUAAAGUUUGUCUGUCGUUGCGCAUAUACCUACAGAGCAGGCCAGCAAUGCUUUUUUCGCUUGUUCUCUGCUCAUGUCUGCGGCCGUAUGCCAUAUCAUAUCGAAACAGAAACGAAACAGAAACACCAUUGGAGAAUGCACCGCAGAGUACAAUACCAAAGAAAAAGCUUUUCAGUACCACUUGCGAAUUGGUCGACGAGUAAACAAUUUCGCGCCCGCUGUUAAAAAGAAUAAACCUACCUAACCUUAUAUGAACGAGACAAGUUUUGAUUAAAAAAACUCAUAAAUCUCAUUAAAUAAAAUCGGCUAGAAUCGAAGAAUGUAAUAAAUGCAUUUCACAGAUACAAAUAUUAAACCGGUCAAACUUGCAAUAUUUACAAACAAAAAAUAAUACAAAAUCUUUAGAAAGAGAAUAUAAAUAUAAAUAAAAAAAAUUAUUCCCACUCUCCUAUGUACUGCUGCUCAUUAGAAUUCGGAUUCAGUUGCAUUCACCGCGAAUUUUGAGAAACUGUAAGAGAGAAGAGCUCUAUUCUGUAUUCUGAACAGGAAUGGAUUUUUGUAUUCUUUCUUUUUUAUUUGCUUUGUACUUCUUGUGACCGACGUUGCGGACGAAACCGCAUAGGCUUAUACAUAGUUUGUAUAGAUAUUUGUAUUUCGUAGAUAUAUUUUAUUUUUUGCUAUUGCAAAAUUUACAUCUCUCUCUCUAUGGUAAGCUUUGGAUGAUUAUGGGGCAGAAACUCGCUCUCUCGCCUGCAAUGUCUUUUUUCUUUUUUCGGUUCAAGAAUAAAACGGAUUUUUCCUUGGUUAUUAUCGCCGCGUUUAAUAGGACACACGAGGAGCAGACAAAAUUUCCAGCUAUUGAAAGUGUAUUUUGACAGAUCGGUCGUCUGUCCAUAAUAAAACUAAAACUAAAACAUUAUAAUUCAGUAAAAAUAGCACAAUUAACAUUUCUUUUGCCCUGUAAAAUAUUAUAAUUGCGUUUAUUUGAAGAAUCUGGUUGAUACCUAUGUACACUGCUAUGUAUCGUAUAUAAAUGUGCGUUUUGUUGCACUGAGGCAGACGCUGCACUGAUGCAGACGCAGAUUUGUGCCCCAAUUUAGAAAAUACUGCAAUUUUCAACAAAAAAAAUAAAAAAAAUAAAUAAAUAACAUAAUGUACGGAAUUAAGUGCAUCUGAAUAAACUCAGUUCGGUUUGAUCUUUUGUUUAGUUUCAAAACGUUCUCGAACACUAACCAUCGACCUAUUAUAUUGUGAAAUGAUGAUUUAGUUUUAAUAAAACAAAAAAAAGUAAACCAUCUUUAUUUUCCUCUACUAAAACAGAAACAUUGAAUGAGUACUGUGCUACUAUGUGUGAACGGGUUUUUUAUAUUAUGACACAGGUCAGUGUCGCGUAGUCUAUGUAUGCAUAUUUUUCCUCAAACCACCACCAACACAUCUAUAUGAAUAUUUUUUCUUCAGUCAUUUUGAUUGUGUGAAGUGAAUUCAGGCCUUCAUUUGAAAAAAAGAUUUUAAAAAUAUUGUAAUGAUCACUAGGGAGAGAAAAGCAAAGUAACCUAUCUCUAGCCCGAACUUCAAGCUAAGCUAUAACCAAACAACAGCAGCAACAAUAAAAAUACUUGCAGAGUUUGAGAUAUUAUUAUGUCUGCACACUAUUCACACUAAUGCAGUGCGAUGAAAAGACAUAUGCGCUUUGGAAUGUAUUAGUGGAAGCAGCGUGAAUGAUGUUCAUGUUCAGUGAAAAGUUUUAAGGUGAUCGACCUGGCACUUCAUAAUGUGACUGUUUGAUGUAGCCAAAGCUAUAAAAUUGAAUUAAUUUUUUUAACACAAGCAAACAGAUCUAUUCGAAAAUAGGCUCUUGAAAAAAAUCAAAGUUAAUAAUAAAUAAGAUUUAAAUGAACCUAUCAUCCAUGAUGUACCGACUAAAUGUCCAGCAUCCGCAACAAUCACAGCAGCAAUCUCAAGAGCAUCCUCAUUCGCAUUCUUCCCAACAGCUCUCAACUCCCAAUAACCAACAUUUGAUUAUUCAGACAGGUGGAGGGCAUCAACUUUUUAGUGCAGACAAUGGAGGCAGUGGUGAUUGCGGAAGUGGUGGACUAAAUGGAAACGUUGGACUAAAUGUUAGCGGUGACGAUUUGAAAAUUUUAACUGCCAUCAAAUCUGAACCAAUUCACGAUUUGGUCCUGCCAACUGUGUCUGCUGGAGCACCCGGAAUAAGUGUUGUCAGUAUCAUAGGAGGCAGUGCAGGAACAGGGAAUGUCGCUGGAAAUAGUAACGUCGUUUUAAGCGCUAUUAAUAAUAGUUCAACGAGUAGCGCAGCGUCAGUUUCCACAAGUGCAAAUUCAACAAACGGCCACCUGGUGUUUGUGCCAACAAAGAGGGUGCGACUCGAAGGUCCUGAAGAUUGGAUAUCUUCGCCCAGUCCAACAAAUGUACCUGGUUCAGCACCUCCUUUGAGUCCAUCACCAGGUUCACAGAGUCAUAAUUAUAACACAAAUAUGUCCAAUGGAUAUGCAUCACCAAUGUCUACUGGAAGCUAUGAUCCUUACAGUCCAAAUGGAAAAAUUGGUCGGGAAGAUCUAUCACCAUCAAGCAGUCUUAACGGCUACUCUACAAAUGACGGCUGUGAUGCAAAAAAAGGUAAAAAAGGACCCGCCCCAAGACUGCAAGAAGAAUUGUGUCUGGUGUGCGGCGAUAGAGCUUCAGGCUAUCAUUACAACGCUCUUACCUGCGAGGGAUGUAAAGGUUUUUUUCGACGUAGUGUUACCAAAAAUGCCGUUUAUUGUUGUAAGUUCGGUCAUGCCUGCGAAAUGGACAUGUAUAUGCGACGUAAGUGUCAAGAGUGUAGACUGAAAAAAUGCCUAGCUGUAGGGAUGCGGCCGGAAUGUGUUGUUCCGGAAAAUCAAUGUGCUUUAAAGCGACGCGAGAAAAAAGCACAAAAAGAAAAGGACAAACAGCAAGUAUCGCCAGCAGUCAGUACGACGGAAAUCAUUAAAAAAGAAGUACUUGAGCUGAUGCAAUGUGAAGCGCCUUCGCAUGCGACAUGUCCACUACUGCCUGACAGCUUAUUGGCUGAGAAUCAAGCAAAAAAUAUACCUCAAUUAACAUUAAAUCAAUUAGCAGUCAUAUACAAACUAAUUUGGUACCAGGACGGUUAUGAACAACCUUCCGAAGAAGAUCUCAAACGGAUAAUGAUUAGUUCCCCUGAUGAGAAUGAAAGCCAACAUGAUGUAAGCUUUAGACACAUCACCGAAAUUACAAUCCUAACAGUACAAUUAAUAGUCGAAUUCGCCAAGGGACUGCCGGCUUUUACCAAAAUUCCACAAGAGGACCAAAUAACACUGUUGAAGGCCUGUUCAAGUGAAGUUAUGAUGUUGCGAAUGGCACGGCGCUAUGAUGCUGCGUCAAAUUCCAUUUUCUUCGCGAAUAAUCGUUCAUACACCCGUGAUUCAUAUAAGAUGGCCGGUAUGGCCGAUAAUAUUGAAGAUUUAUUGCAUUUCUGUCGGCAAAUGUACUCGAUGACGGUCGAUAAUGUCGAGUAUGCAUUGCUCACUGCCAUUGUGAUCUUUUCCGAUCGUCCUGGUCUCGAAGAAGCCGAACUAGUCGAACAGAUACAAAGUUACUACAUCGAUACGUUACGAAUCUAUAUCCUCAAUCGGCAUAGAGGCGAUCCGAAGUGUUUGGUAUUUUUUGCCAAACUUUUAUCCAUUCUCACUGAACUGCGAACACUCGGCAAUCAGAAUGCUGAAAUGUGUUUCUCUUUGAAGCUGAAAAAUCGGAAGCUUCCCAAAUUCCUUGAAGAAAUCUGGGACGUCAAUACGAUACCACCAUCCGUUCAGUCUCACAUACAAGCCACACAAGCAAUGCAAGCUGCACAAGCAGCAAACGGACGUAGUGGUAUAGACGGUAGUAGUAGUACAAGUGGUGAUGACCUAAUGAUGGAAGUGACGGGCAUAGGAAGUGAACUGAGUGGAAUCAGUGGUGUUGUGGCUGGAGGGGGAAUUAGUGGUAUUGCUGAACAUAAUACUGUUGCAUAGCAGGAUUAGUUAUAGUAGUUCUUGUUAAAGUCGGCAUUGUCCAUCUCCAUCUCGUUACCUCCUCCUUUUUAACCCCUCGAACAGAACGCAUACUACUCAUACUGAGAUACACAUUGAUUAAGUUUGCAGGGCAAUAUGUAUGUAUGUACAAAGGAAACUUUUAACAGUAAUAUUAUUGUGUUUUUCUAGUUACCUUGGCUUAAGCUAAAUAACAAUUCAUAAACAAAAACACUCACUACUUCAAAUUUUCUCUAGUUUUAUUUUUUGUUAAGUUUUCUAUUCAAAUCACAUUUUAUACUGACACAUACCAUAUAUAGGAACAUUUUUUUUAACUUAAUAUUUUAUGCAAAUAAUUGACAUACAUUUAUUUAAAAAAAUAUAUUUCCUAGUUUCAUUUACCAAUUUUUUUAUAUGCUCUGAAUUGUAAAUAUUAUACAUUUAUAAAAAUGGGAUUAACAAAAUUAUUAAAAAAAAUAAUGAAAGAAAAUAAUAUUUUUUUGUUUAUUAAAGUUUUGAGAGACAGAUAAUGAAAGAGUGAGAGGGCGUUAGAAUGUGAGCAUUAUUAUGUCUACAUAAAAUAUUAUUAAAACUUUGUAAGAUACAACAAAAUGAAACAAAAAAAAAAAAAAAAAACAA